AUGGAUGUAAAAUUAUAAUAACGCAUAUGUAAUGCGACAGCGACGAAUCUUUUUCUCGAAACGUGACGUCAGUCGAUUACUCUAUGUCGUGAGACCAUCAGUUCCAUGUUCAACACUACUAAGAAACCCCAAUUAAAAGCUACUGAUUAUUUUCCCCAAUCGCUAAAGUUUCCAGCCAAUCAAAGAAUGCGAGCGCGCUGGCUCCGCCUCCCAGCUCAUUAUUUAUUUCGCGCCGUUUUCGUCACGUGAUUCCCAAAUCUCGUGAAUUCUGCGACUGAUUUAUACUCACUGCUGCCAUUUGCACAUUGGCGUUACUAUUAUGUAGAUAUCAGUGAUUGCAGCGGCUAAACAAAUUUUCAACUUUAUUUAUUCAAGACCUAAUUUAUCAUCGGAAACAAAUAUUGGGUGUAUGAGUGAGGAAAAGAAAGACAAAAGUGGCCACCCCAGCCUGUCGGUGGAUGAGAAUGAGAUAGAGGAAGUUGGAAAAAGGGAAGUAGAUAUUGAGACAGAGGAAACAGAGGUACUUGGGCUUGACAAACAUUUGUCAAGCAGUUUAAGUAAAUUGAGCAUGGAUGAGGAGCCAACAGCCAUGGAUAGAAUUUUGAAAUUGCUGACAGAACUUGAACAGAAAGUAGACAAGAACACAGAGGCAAUAGAGAAAAGCAGUAAAAUGAAUCAAUUGAAUGUAUCCUUGCAGCAGCAGGUACAACAACUCACGGAAGAAAAUGGAAUUUUACGAUCAGAAAACAGAAAAUUGAAAGAGAGAAAAGAUGAGGACAAAUUUGCAAUGAAAAGCUCACAUGGAAAAAAAAGAAUAGUUUCAUUCAAUGAAGAGCCUAUGGAUGACGACAGUUUGUCACCUAGAGAAAGCAGGGGAAAACUUCUAGCAUCCGAAAUUGUAAAGUCUAGCUUGAAAAGUAUUCCUGAUGAAACUGUACAUGCAUGUAGAUCACCAAGUACCAAUACUCAGGCACAAUUGUCUGCAACGGAAUUAGUAGAGCAGAGUUGUAACAGAAUGAAGAGAGGUUUGAAAAGAAUGGGAAGUACCGACAGUAUUAGCAGUAUUGGAAGUACAAGUGGAGUUUCUGGAAAAGAUUUCAGAAUAUUGAAAGAUGGAAUGAAGAUGGAAUUGGACAGUAAAUGCGCAUUGAUAGGGGAUAGUAAUUUGAAGCCAUUUACCACAAGUAAACAGUUGGUAGAAUGGGUAAGAGAGGAAGGUGCCAUCAUAAGAUGCUAUGGCGGAAUGACAGUAUCAGAAUUUCUCAAGAAUAAGAAAACCUGCAUACCUGAAAAUGGGAAAGUGAAGCAUGUCAUUUUGAAUUUAGGAAGCAAUGAUCUUAGCAGCUGCUCUGAUGUGUUGGAAGAAUUGACAAAAACAGGGGAUGAAAACACAGUAGAAGAAAUUUUUGAGGUAAUUGCUGGUCAUAUCGUAUCUGCAGCGAGAGUUUAUAUGGACUUGAGAAAGAAUGUUGGUGUCCUUUUGCCAGGACAUAGAAAGGGGUUGAAAAAAGAAUAUGUAGUGAGACUGAAUAAGAUAUGUAAAACGAAAUUGGAAGAUCUUGGAAUUGAUUAUGUGGAUGUGGCAGAAGAUAUGGAAGAUAAUGGAGGAGUAAGAGUAUGUACAACAGGGGAUGGUAUACAUUUCAAGUUUACAUAUGUAACUAGAAUUGUAGGUAUGUUGUUUAACAAAAUGGGAUUGGAUUUUGAAUUACCUACAGAGGCCCUGGAAGUUAGUUGGUCAAGGACACUAGCAGGACUUUGUAUGAGAUGUGGAAAAGACAGACAUUCCAGACUGACAUUUUGUAAUGUAGACUCUGAAUGUGCAUGUUGUGGAAAAGAUGGACACAAGGAAAAUGUGUGCAGGUCGCGGUUUGAGCAAUGUCAGGGAUGUGGAAAGUAUGGACAUUAUGUAUUUAAAUGCCCGUGGAAAAGAGACAGGAAGAUGUAAAUAUUUGAAAUAGUGCAGCAUAAUGUAUGAAGGAAAUGAACAAUAUGGAAAUGUAGAAAAAAAGGGAUGAUAGAAUGAAGGGAAUUGUUGGGGGUGAUGGUUUUCCACUUUUCAGAAAAAAAAACAUAACCAAUUACUUCAUUUAUAAUAUAAAUAUAAUUAAAUCUAUAGUGUUCAUCCUGAAUUAUUACAAAGUCAUAACAGUGUGCACUGUGCACUUCAUUAAAAAGUGAAACAUAAUGAAAAAAAAACCACAUGAUAUUGACAGUUUUAUUUGCUAAAGUGAAAAACGACCACCCUAGGAAUAGGUAGGGAACAAUGCAGGAAUUCUUUCAAUGAAAAUACAAAAUUUCUUCUAUGCUUGUAUCAAAUAAUUAAUCAUAUAUUCAACUUAAAAUUGACAUGAAAUUACCAACAUUCUUAUCCACUUAAAAUUAACAAGCUUUCAUAUUCCAAUAUUUUGAAAUUGAACCCUGCAACCUAAUCAAAAAAUACUUUGGAAUUAGAUACAAAAGCUAAUCUCUGAUUUCUUUUAGCUAAGAUCUCCUGCAUUGUUAUAGGGGUAGCUGUAGGGGAGAAGGGAGGCUACCAUUUUUUUUCAGAUUAUUAAAAUUCUUUCAAGAUCAAAUAGAAUUUGUAUUCAUACAAAUUCGUACAAAUCUGGUGGACUUUUAAAGCAGCUACAUACAAUGUAUAUCAGAAAACUGAAGAGAGAUUUGUUCCGAUGGAUGUGAUGGCAUAUACUAAAUUCAAUGCCAUCGAUAGUACCAAGAGAUGUAAAUAUUUGAAAUGGUGCAACAUAUGUAUGAAGAAAAUUAACAGUAUGGAAAUGUAGAAAAAUGGAUGAUAGAAUGAAGGGAAAUUGUUGGGGCUGAUGAUUUUUCACUUUUCAGAAAAAAAAACAUAAGCAGUUAUUUCAUUUAUAAUAUAAAUAUAAGUAAAUCUAUAGUAUUCAUCCUGAAUUAUUACAAAAAGUCAUAACAGUGUGUACUAUGCACAUGAUAUUGACAGUUUUAUUUGCUAAAGUGAAAAACCACCACCACAAUGCAGGAAUUCUUUCAAUGAAAAUACAAAAUUUCUUCUACGCUUGUAUCAAAUAAUUAAUCAUAUAUUCAACUUAAAAUUGGCAUAAAAUUACCAACAUUCUUAUCCACUUAAAAUUAACCAGCUUUCAUAUUCCAAUAUUUUGAAAUUGAACUCUGCAACCUAAUCAAAAAAUACUUUGGAAAUAGAUACAAAAGCUAAUCUCUGAUUUCUUUUAGCUAAGGGCUCCUGCAUUGUUGUGGGGGAGUAGGGAGGCUACCAUUUUUUUUUUUCAGAUUAUUAAAAUUCUUUCAAGAUCAAAUAGAAUUUGUAUUCAUACAAAUCUGGUGGACUUUUAAAGCAGCUACAUACAAUGUAUAGCAGAAAAGUGAAGAGAGAUUUGUUCCAAGGGAUGUGAUGGCAUAUACUCAACUAUGCAUGAUGUUCAUGGAUUGGAGAUGACUUUAUUAAUAUAUGGUGAAUAUGUACUACAAUCAACAAACAUAAAUUAAGGAUUCAGAUAAUAAACAAAGAAACCAGCUUUUGUGGCACUUAGCUAAAAGUCAUGUAAAAUACAGAGAACAGUAAAAAUACUGAGAAGAGUAAAUAAUCCAUGUAGAUAUUUUGUUGUUUUGCUCAUCCUACUUUUCUGAAGAUAACAAGACACCAAGAAAUUAUGCCAAACACUUCUCAAAGUCCAUGCUUUUAGAAUAAAGACAGUAAUUCUUUUAAAAAAAUUGUUGUGUUAAUGUGAAUGAAAUGUUGUACUGAUAGCAGUCCUACAACCCAGUUUAAUUUGACAAGCCCUCCACAUAAACUGGAUCAUAUCGAUCAAAGCAACAAUAUGGACUGUAUAUUGCUGCUAAGGUGUAUUGCUGCAUUAGGAUUCUCUUUACGUCGUGUAGUGCACAUUUCUUAAUGGAUCGUCUUUAAACUUGGGUUAUGUAUUCCUUAUAGCCUCAGGAUAACUGCUUAGCCGACUCCCAGGUCGCAAUUCUUAAUGAAGCCGCUCGGUACUUGGCAUAUGUAUUCCUUAUUGCCUUAGGGAGUCCACUAUUGAUUUUGGUGAAUGUCUCAACCCCCAGGAGCAGAGUCACGCCCACUUUUUGCCUUUGGAAUGUGAAAGGCACAAUUCUGAAUGCAUUAUCUUGGUAUACUUAUUAAUAAGUUAUACUCUAAGGACAGGAACUAUUGAUGUUGAUGCACGACCCUCAACGCUAAACAAACCAAAAGCCUAGCCUUCUUGACAAAGUACCUUGUCAAUCAAAGCAGAAUUGGAAUGUGGACGUAUAUUGUAGCGUUAGCGUUAUGUUU